GCCGUACACCUGGCCACCCAGUUUAACUCUUCACGGCUAUGGCGGCUCUCUUUGUUCCGGGGGGUGUGUGUGAUAUUUUGGCGAGCGCAGCGCUUGGAGAGCGCGCCCUGGCUCCUGGAGCCCAUGCCGCGCGCUAGGGUUUGAUGGCGGAUGGAUGCGCGCUGUGGCGAUCGGCGGUGGCAGGAGUGGCAGCAGCGGCGCGGCAUCGUCUAGGUUUGCGAGCUGCCAGAUUUUGGCACAUUGCAGGGAGCUGGGGCUGGGAAUCGCGGCGCGCGGUCGCGAAUCGCGAGCGCUAGAGCGGGGAUCGAGCGAGGUCAAACAAUGGAGGAGCAUUCUUGGUUUUACUUGUCGGGGUAGGAUUCCAAUGCGGCACGGGUCAACGCAUCGCAAGUGGAUUUUGGGGGCGAUCCGGGGCCCGGAUCGGGGAUAGGACCGGGAUUACCGUGUGCCGUGCUCGCGGGGUGAUGAAAUCCCCCGGGAGUCGGCGAUCGAUCGAGGCAGCGGCAGUGGCAGAGUGGUGUAGCUCUUCUUCGUAGCUGAUAGCGCGACUCACGAGGCAAUGGGAUCACAGAUCUAGCAGGACAGGUGCCCGGACGGGGAAUGUGCGCAAUUCUGGGGAGAUAGGGGGCUAUCAUGUCACUGGGGCUGGCAUGGGCGAUUCUCGCGCUUCUCGGCGUCGUCACGAUCCUACCGGCGGAGUCGCAGACCCUGCUGGCAUCCGAGGCCUACGCGAUGCGGCACCUCAGGUACUCGCUGAGAAUUCGGGACUUUUACUGGCCCAAGACGCGGGAUCCAUGCCUGAAUUGGAGAGGAGUUCUUUGCGAGAAUGGACAGGUGGUGAGCAUCUAUCUCUCCGGGUUGAAGAGGACGCUGGUGGGGAUGGCGCGGCCGACGCUGGCGCUGGACAAUCUCCAGGGACUUCCCGCGCUGCGGCUGCUCAAUGCCACGGGAUUCGUGAUGCUGGGGACGCUCCCGGAUUGGAUUGGCCAGCUCUCGGCAUUGCAAGUGUUGGAUUUCUCGGCGUGCUCGAUCAAUGGGUCGGUUCCAGGGGGAAUUGGUCAGCUGGGCAGCUUGCGGAGGCUGUCGCUCGCAAGGAACAAUCUCAUGGGUGGAAUCCCGGCCAGCGUCGGGAAUCUCUCCCGCCUCGAGCUGCUCGACCUCAGUGGAAACAUGCUCAGCGGGGUGCUGCCGCCGGAGCUCGGGAGGAUGGCAUCGUUGAGAGAUCUCGACUUGAGCGGCAACAUCUUCUCGGGUCCCAUUCCAGCUUCUCUGGCAGUGAGCUCCUCGUCGAGCUUGCGGAGCGUGAGGCUGUCCGAUAACAGGCUUGACGGGUCGGUCCCCGAGAAUCUCACGGGGUGGUCGACGCUCCAGGAGCUGGUUCUCGGGAAGAAUUUGCUCGCGGGAGAGCUGCCUGGAGCUCUGCAAGAUCUUCGCAACUUGACGCUCUUGGACCUCUCGCUCAACAAUUUCACGGGGACGAUACCGCCGGGGCUGGCAAGUCUUUCGAGUUUGCAGUCUCUGGACCUCUCCAACAAUACGUUUUACGGGCCGCUGCCUGCGGCGGUGUCGUCUCUGCGAGGACUGCUCGUCUUGAACGUCUCGGACAACUUUCUCAACGACACAGUGCCGGCAGGGACCGUGGCCGGCGCCAUACUUAGCGAGAACUGUUUCGUGAAUGCGAGCGGGCAGCGGUCCUUGAGCGACUGCCAGGCGUUCUACGCUGCCAGGGGCCUGGUUUUCCAAAACGCUUCGUCUUUCAACUUGCCGACGCCAAUGCCGACGAGAAGAUCAAAGUCCAAGCCCCGCCACCUUGCCGUUAUACUGGGGGGAACUUUUGGUGGUCUUGGGCUGGUUCUCCUGGUGGCUGCGCUGGUUCUUCUUAUACGAAAGCGCGAGAGGCGGCCGGCUCGAGAGCCUCCAAAGAAAUCGGACGAGGCGAUGGCUGGUGGCGCCGCCGCGGGUGCUGGCGCUGGUGCAGCGACGACGAGCGGGACGGGCCAACCCGUCGUGCCUCCCGCCGUUGCUGUCAAGAUGUCGAGUAUCGGAGAGUCGUUCACGUUUAGUCAGCUAGUCCGGGCAACUCAGGAGUUUUCUUCGUCCAACUUCAUCAAGGCCGGGCACUCGGGCGACUUGUAUCGAGGUGUUCUAGACGGGGGCGUGCUCGUCGUCGUCAAGAGGAUCGAAGUUGCCAAGAUGAAGAAGGAUUUGCUCACUUUGGAGCUCGAAGUUUUCGGCAAGGCGUCUCACACCAGGCUGGUUCCUCUCCUCGGGCACUGCCUGGAAAUGGACGAGCUCAAGUUUUUGGUGUACAAGUACAUGCCCAACGGUGAUCUGGGACAAGCACUACACAAAAAGGUUGUUCCAAGCCCACCCGCGGAUAUAUUGCAGUCCUUGGACUGGAUCACAAGAUUGAAAAUCGCGAUUGGAGUGGCAGAAGGCCUGAGCUACUUGCAUCACGAGUGCGUCCCUCCACUUGUACAUAGGGAUGUACAAGCGAGCAGCAUUCUUCUCGAUGACAAGUUUGAGGUACGGCUGGGAAGUCUGAGCGAAACGCGGGAGCAAGGAGGCGAAGCGCAGCCUGGGUUGAUAACUCGGCUGCUGAGAUUGUCACAGACGACCGAGCAAGGCGAUCAAGCAGGCUCCGCGGUGGCAUCAUGUGCAUACGAUGUUUAUUGCUUCGGGAAGGUGCUGCUGGAGCUGGUGACGGGAAAGCUCGACAUCAGUGGCACCUCGGAUCCAAACGCCGACGCCUGGCUGGAGUGGGCUCUUCCACUCAUCGACCGGCACAACAAAGAGGGAAUAAUGAAGCUGGUGGACCCGUCGCUGAUAGUGGACGAGGACCUGCUCGAGGAGGUGUGGGCGAUGGCCAUCGUCGCCAAGCUGUGCCUCCACGGCCGGGCGUCCAAGCGGCCGCAGAUCCGCCACGUCCUCAAGGCGCUGGAGAACCCGCAGCGGGUGACGAGGGAGGAGAACUUUAGCUCGUCGCUGCGCUCCCGGACGUCGUCUCACAGCUCGUGGAAUGCGUCGCUGUUUGGGAGCUGGCGGCACAGCUCGUCGGAGAACGUGAUCGCGUCCGGGGUGCUGAGGGAAGAAUACGUGGGUGGUGGCGGAGGUGGCGGUGGUGGCGGUGGUGGCGAUCCCAGCAGGAAGCACUCGGGAACGUCGCACUCGCAGGGGUCGAUCACAGGGGAGCAGUCGUUCCACCGGAGGCCCGGGUCGAGCGAGAUCUUUCCCGAGCCGGUGGAGGACGUUCCAGUCAAGGCGUCGAGCUUGGGAUCUGGGGACAACAAUGGCAGUAGCAACAACAACAGUGUGAAGCUCCGGCAGUAUCAACAGCAGCAGCAGCAACAGCAGGUAUGAGAAUGAUUGACACACACACGAGAUUCACGAGGAGAGGCUUGCUUUAUAUUCUUUCGCAAUAAGAUCCCCCGAGAACUUUGGAAGAACACGAAGAAGAAAACACACACACACACACACCCAAGGUUGGUCUGUUCGUUCGUUUUGUUCCCCCGAAUUGGUGGAGCAACAAAGAAAUCCCUGUAGCAUAAACUUUCUUUUUUUCUUCUCCUGCUCCAUCAUAAGCUAGUCUUUUUCUCUGUAUUUUUUCUUCCUUUUGGAUCCAAGUUUUGAUGAUAAAAAAAAAAGAGAUUUUUUUUGCU